CGCCACCACCACCACCACCACCACCAACCACCACUACCGCCGCCACUAAAGCGACCGCCACCGACCACCAGCGGCCACCCUGUCUCGUCGUCGUCGACAACGUCCGCCUCCCUCGCGAACGUGUUCCCUUUUGCUUUUUCCCCUCCGGCGAUCGACGACGCACCGCCGUUCGCGGGAACUCACACGAAAUACGAUUAUCACACUCUUCUCCGCGUAACCCCGAUGUGCGCCUUCCGGAUGGCACUGGCAAACAACACUGAUACGCAAGAUCAUGCGGCGCAGCGCGCCACGCGCAUUGCGCAGGAGCUGCAACUUCGCGCCGCGCGGUCGCCGUUCACUCGUUCGCGGGCGGCCAUAUUUGUAGCGAAAAGCCUAGAGACUUACCCAUUCUUUCCUAGAGCGCGCCGGGUAACCGAAGCAACUUUCCAACGCAGGUUUGCCAACGGCUAAACUUCAAAAUCCAAUUGCUUUCUUUUUCUUGUCUAUUUUCUGCAAAAUAUUAUUUACUUAUUUUAAGUAUAAUACUUUUAAUUAAUAAUUAAUUUUUUAAUUAAAAUAAUUAAACAAUUUCGCUUUUUGCGAUAUUGCCUAAGUCGAUUACAUUCUUGGACAAUAAGAUCUUUGUCACUAAAUCGUUGAACCAAUCGCUUCUGAUUACCUCUAGAAAAUAAGAUUUCUUAUUGGAGAACGAAUGCAUUCGGACAAAAAGCAGUUUGAUGCAGCAACAAGUUGAGCCCUCGACGAUUUCUUAUCAUGAUUGAUUUUUAUUCCUAAAAUCUAAUUCUACAGUUGUGUUUACGGAAAAAACGCCCAGGAAAUUUCCAUGAAUUAAAAUUAGAUAUAAUGCAAAUUCUGUUACUGAAUUCUGGGAUUUUCUAUGAAAUAUAUUAUUGAUAAACAGAAGGAGAUAAUUAAAAUAUAUUUUCCUCUGAAAUAUGAUUCACAUUUAUUCAUUAGUUUCCUCCUUUCAAUCGAGAAAAAUGUACGCAGCAAUGAGUAACGCGCUCAUUUGACAGCAGAAAGAUCGCAACGUCUACUUUAGUCGUCCAAAUUGUGCAAUAAACAAUAAAUAUAGUUAUUAAAAAAUGGCAAAAAUCAACGAAGACAUGUAUUUAGAAUAUAUUCCAUCGGCAAUAUACAACGAAUUGAUUCACGAGUUGAAUAAGAACUCAAAUUGGCAGGUACUUGCUUGUCAUGUAGCUGAACAACUUGGAUAUCAAUGGAAAUCGUGGCUGCAGUCACUAGAACAGAAUACCAGUGCUGCAAAAACACCAGCAGACAAUUUAUUGUUUGAGCUUAAUGUAAAAAUGUGCACAGUUGGAAUACUGUGCACAUUGCUCAGGGACUGUGAACUUAGCAACGUUUUAUCAGUUUUACAUUAUCCAGAGCAGUUAGUAAUUAUUAAACAUCCCUCUGAUGAUUUGGAGCAUGAGACUUUAGAGAUAUCUCUUGGUCAGCAUCUUUGUCUUUCUUGUAAAGCUAUGGGUAUACCAUCACCAAGUUACCAAUGGUAUCACAAUAAUAUUCAACUGCAGGAACAGCAGAGUUGUGAACUUGACAUCGUUAUAAAUAGUUGUGAUCAAGCUGGAGAAUAUAACUGUAAAAUCUCACAAGUUACCAAUGAUGGAGAGACAGUAAUAUCUGUAUUGUUGACAAAAUCGGUUUUGGUAAAUAUAACUCGUGUGCCUGUAAUUAUACAGCAGCAACCACCUGCUUUCUUAGAGAUUAAGGAAAAUGAAGAUUUCAUUAUUAAAUGUAUAGCCCAUGGUCAUCCUAAACCACGUUAUCAGUGGUUCAGAGAUAAUACAAAACUAGAAGGAGAAAUGUCUAAUGUAUUACAUAUAAAACAGUUCAGCUCUAAGCAUGAAGGAAAAUAUCAUUGCUACAUAAAUAAUGAUGUGAAUGAAGUGAUCACUCAAAGAAGUUAUGUAAUGUUGGAUCUUCCUCGUGAAAAGGCAGUUGCAAAGAUAGCUUUAAUCAUUGCAAAUAAUGAUUAUGAAAAUCACACGUGUCUGGAGACACCUAAAAAUGAUGCUGCAAAAAUUGGUAAUCUGUUAAAGGAAAUAGGUUUUAAAGUAAUCUGUCUUAUAAACUUGUCACUCGAACAGAUGAAGAAUGCUAUAAAAAUAUUUGGUAAAGUUUUAACAGAAGGAGUAUACGGAUUGUUUUACUAUGCUGGACAUGGUUUUAAAAUGCAAGAGAGCUACAUGCUUGCCGUUAACGCGCCAGAAUCUUAUUUGAGAAAAGAUGCAAUUUGCGAGAGUGAAUUGUUAGCUACAUUAUUGCAAAAUGAUCCUGCUCUUUUAGUAACGAUAUUGGACAUGUGCCAAACUGUUCCACCAAAAGAAUGUAAUCCUGAUAUUCACAAUGAAAUACCAAAAGUCAAAGAAUAUAAGAGUAGAAAAAAUCUACGAAAUUUAGUACAAGCGUACUCCACAUCUAGUCAUUGUCCUAGUUACGAAAGAACAAAUAGCAAGUAUGGAUUGUAUGCGUUGCAUCUGAGUAAAUAUAUCAGUAAAAAUAUCCCAGUUACAAAAGUAUUUGAAGAAGUAGGAAAAUCAAUAGAUAAAUUGUUAAAGGGAACAGAACGAAACCAAAUUCCUAUGUUUGCCUUAACCAUUACUAAACCCUUUCGCCUUACUGAUGCAAUUUACAAAAAAGAUCAGUCGCCUACAUUGAAUGAUUUCAAUAAAUUAAUAGAUUUCUCAACUAAAUCUUUUGAAAUAAAUUUCAAGCAAGCUGGUAUUUCCACAAAAGGUGUUAUCUCAUUAUUUAUGGAGCCUUAUUUAAAUAUAAUCAAGAUCUCGGUGUGUAAUUUAGAAGAUCUGGAAGUAAAUUUUUUCAACUCGGUGCCUACAAAACAGAAUAAUUUGUUCCAAACUGCAGGCUCUAAACAUGAAUGUUGGAUACAUAAUCCACAGAUCUGUCAGGGACCUUUAGUUGUAUCUGUUUCAAAAAAUGGGACGCCUAUUGGUGCGACAUUGUUACAUAUUAAAAAAUAUAUUCCACUGGUAUUGGAAAACAUUAGUAACUAAUAUAUUUGUUAGAAUGUACAAACUUAACUGGUAUAUUUCAAUUGUGAACAAAAUAUAUUUUGUAUGUAUAUACAUGUAUGAAACAUGAUAUAAUGUAAAUCUUGUACUGCAUUGAUCAUCUUACUGGAAGAUAUAAAGUAAUGUUAGAAAGA